AUGGGAAAUAAAGCUAGCAAAAAAAUCAAGAUUAUUACUAUUAAUGCUGCAGAAUCAAAACAUAAAACUAUUUCUGAGGUUGUUCGAUUUGCACCACCUUUGAGUAUUAUUAUUAUAAAACCUGGAACUUAUGAAGAAACAGAACCUAUUAUUGUAGAUAAAGCAAUUCAAAUUAUUGGUAUUAAUGAAGGUAAAGCAAAACCAAUUGUUACAUCUCCUCGUGGCUGUAUUGAAAUUGACUGUCCAGAUAAAGUUAUAAUUAAAGGACUUGAUCUUCGAAACACUGAAUCAAAAGUAGUUAUUGACGCAAAACAAGGUGAAGCUUGUAUUGAUUCUUGUGAUAUUUCUACAGCAGAAGAUGGUGUAUCUGUUACUCAUACCGCUAAAGUAAUGUUAACUAAUUGUCGUAUUUGUGGAUGUUCUAAAGCAGGUCUUCAUUGUGGAGGAAAAGAAAUUAGAUGUAUUACACGAAAUGUACAAAUUUAUGAAUGCACAACUGGAGUUGCAAUAUUUAAUGAGGCAAAUCCAUUAGUAUCGUCAUGUAAUAUUACACAAUGUGGAAUUGGAUUGUUUGUAAGUGAAAAAGGAAGAGGAUGUAUUACUGAUACUUUAAUUUCAGGUAACAAAAAGCCAGGAGUGUUAACUCAUUCUGGUGGUAACCCAGUAUUAAAUAAUACUAAGAUUGUUGAUGGUUCAUCAAAUGGAGUAUUUGUUCGUUCAAAAGGAAAAGGUGUUUUUGUAGGAUGUGAAAUUUCAAAAAAUAAUUUACCUGGCAUUGCUUCUUGUGAAGGUGGAGAACCAUUAGUUGUUUCAUCAGCUAUUUGUGAAGGAAGAAAUGCUGGCGUUUUUGUUUAUGAUAAUGGAAAAGGUAUUUUUGCACAAUGUCAAAUUCGAGAUAAUACAAUGCCUGGUAUUGAAGUGAGAGCAUCUGGUAAUCCGAUUGUUGUUGGAUGUGAGGUUUCACGAGGACAAUCAAACGGUAUUUAUAUUCAUAAUAAAGGAACAGGUUUAUUUGCUCAAACUAAAGUUAAUGAAAACACAUUACCAGGUGUUGCUGUAAGAACUUCUGGAGAUCCUAUUUUAUGUGAUUGUGAACUUGUUGCUGGUAAAGACAAUGCAUUAUUUGUAAGUGAUAAAGGAAAAGGUGUUAUUUUAAAUACUCUCAUUGAAGGAUGUUCAGCACAACCAAUGGUUAUUCAAGAUGGAGAACCAUUAAUGGUUGGGUGUUCUGUAGUUGAUGGAAAGAAAAAUAAUGUUCAGGCAUGGAUUAAUGCUAUUCCUGAACAUCUUGGUUUAUUAGAAGAAGAUAUGCCUGAUUUUGAUGCUGUCUAA